CUUCAAUAUCUUAUCUAAUUUUCCACCUUCUUUCUUCUCCUAAACGAGUAGACAGCUUCAGCUUGCUUUCUGCUAGAUCUCUAUAUAUAUCCUUUCUUCAUUUGCGUUCUUCUUCAACUACUAGGUUCGAGAGGAUAAAAGAAAAGGAAUUUUGUUUGGGUUUUGCUUCAAGAUCAGUGAGAAUGAAGACUACUUCGACUUCGGCGGCUAUGGAUUAUUCUUCUUCAUGGGUAGACACUUCUUUGGAUCUUAAUAUUAAUCCUCGACGUUCUAAUGAUGAUGAUGUCCCUGUACAAGCAAGGGUAGGCUUGGCCAAAGAAGGGCAAAGCAAUUUUAUGGAGUUGGGGAGGAAGGUUUCAGUGAAAGACGAGACUGGAGCUUUGGUGGAGGAAUUGAACCGAGUGAGCGCAGAAAACAAGAAGCUCACAGAAAUGCUAUCUGUGAUGUGUGAAAACUACAAUGCUUUGAGAAGCCAGUUAAUGGAUUUCAUGAGCAAGAAUCAAGACAAGGAGCUUAGCCCAUCAAGAAAAAGGAAAUCUGAAAGCAGCAACAACAAUAAUGAUAAUACAAUUGCAAUGAAUGGGAUUUCUGAGAGCAGCUCAACUGAUGAAGAAUCAUGCAAGAAAUCAAGAGAAGAAGUAAUCAAAGCAAAGAUUUCCAGGGCUUAUGUGAGGACAGAAGCAAACGAUACAAGCCUAGUUGUCAAGGAUGGAUAUCAAUGGAGGAAAUAUGGCCAAAAGGUCACAAGAGAUAACCCUUCUCCAAGAGCUUACUUCAAAUGCUCUUUUGCUCCUAGCUGCCCUGUCAAAAAGAAGGUUCAAAGAAGCAUUGAAGAUCAAUCUGUUCUAGUGGCAACUUAUGAAGGGGAGCACAAUCAUCCACAUCCCUCACAAAUGGAGGCAACAUCAGCUGCAACUCGUAGUCUCACCAUUGGUUCAGUACCCUGCUCAGCCUCACUGGGCUCAUCUGGACCGACCAUUACUCUUGACCUCACAAAAUCUAGUAAGUCCAACAAUGAUGCCAGAAGUUCAAAAUCAAGAAUGGAAGCUCCCGAGGCCCGUCAGUUCUUAGUGGAACAGAUGGCCUCUUCCUUGACAAAAGAUCCCAAUUUCACAGCAGCACUAGCAGCAGCAAUUUCUGGAAGAAUGUUGCAGCAGAAUAACACAGAAAAAUGGUGAUUUAAUUAAUAUCGAGUUUCUAUUAUAAUCAUUUUGAGUUUAAUGAAUCUUGUAAGCUCCAAUUAGACCAUUUUGAAGUUUCAAUCCGGAAUGUAUUUGUAAAUACAACAUCAAAGAAGUAUAAGAAAAAGGGAAAGAAUGAAAUUUCAGAAUUUUGCUUUCCAA